AAAAAAAAAAAUUGAGAAUUGCGUUUUCAAAUAGACAAUUUACCUCUUAGUUUUUUCUCAAAACCUUAAAUCAAUCUCCGGCGAAUUAAAUAUCGCCGGGAAAAUGAGUAUUCCGGUCACUUUUUCCUCUCUUACCGUUCUUAGUAACGAUGUUUCCGACAAUCGCCGUCAUGUUUUCCGUGAAAAUCGUCGGCGUUAAGAAACUCCGAUUUCCUAACUAAUUUUUUUAGAAGAUCGUAUAGUUUUUCUACUUGGUAGUUUCUAGUAGCUGAGAGGUUUUUUAGUGGAUUUCGUUUCUUCUUCUCUUCUUCUUGUGAGGUUUUGAAGCUGUGGAGUUUCUGAUUUUGAAUUUUCCUGGAAAGAGAUCUAAAUUCUAGGGAAGUUUCUGAGUGAAUUUUUGAAUAUAUUUGUUUCGCUUAGCUUUGUUUGAACGGAGAAUUGACUUGUUCCUUACUUCGUCGAGCGAGAAAUCAGAUUAGAUCUAUAAUCAAUGCCUUUUCCGAUGAAGAUCCAGCCGAUUAACAACGAUUUUCCGGCGAGUAGAGACUCAGCUCGUGCGGAAUCAGGAAAACCAGUGCUCAAAUCUCGCCUCAAGCGUCUCUUAGAUCGGCCGUUUACAAAUGUUCUGAGAAGCUCAAACUCGGAUAAAUCACUCAACGCCGCCGCCUCUGAAGACGGCGUCGGAACUGAGUUCGAGCCUAGCUCCGUCGCUUUAUCAAAGAUGGUUCAGAACUACAUGGAGGAAACCAACGAGAAACAAGGUAGAAACGGACGCAAUCGCUGCAAUUGUUUCAACGGGAACACCAACGAUGAUAGCUCCGACGACGAAUUCGAUUUGUUCGGUUUCUCCGUCGAUUCUCUCAACGACGCUUAUGAUCAUUUCAAGAGCUUGAUUCCAUGCGCGAGCGUCACUGAGAGGAAUCUGUUGGCUGAUGUUGCGAAGAUCGUAGAGAAGAACAAAUCAAUCAAAAGGAAAGUCGAUUUGAGGAAGAUCGUCGUCGAUGGACUUUCAUCUCUCGGAUACGAUUCCUCAAUUUGUAAAUCGAAAUGGGAUAAAACUCGGUCUAUACCGUCCGGUGAGUAUGAGUACAUUGAUGUGAUUGUGAACGGUGAGAGGUUCCUAAUCGACGUGGAUUUUCGAUCGGAGUUCGAGAUCGCACGGCAGACGAAUGCUUACAAGUCGCUGCUUCAAUCUCUACCGUUCAUCUUCGUCGGAAAGUCUGACCGGAUUUGUCAGAUCGUUUCAAUGGUCUCGGAGGCGACCAAGCAGAGCUUGAAGAAGAAGGGGAUGCAUUUUCCGCCGUGGAGGAAAGCUGAUUACAUGCGAGCUAAAUGGCUUUCUUCGUACACCCGAAACUCCGCCCAGGAGCCGCAGGUUUCUUCCGCCGCCGUGGCUGAACCGGAGCUAGAUAGGUCGGAGAUUGUGCUGAGUUUCGAGGAGAAAUUUUUGUCGUCGGUGAAUUCUUCUUCCUCUCCUCCUCCGUUGGUUGCCGGGAAUGAUGACGUGGCAAAGCCGUUGGAGAGAGAAGCGAAGGUCGUCACGGGAUUAGCUUCACUGUUCAAAGAAAAUCCCUAAAAAAAGUUUUUGGAUUUCUAAUUUUCUUAAUUUUCUAGUUAAAAUUUUGAGAAAAGCUGCAGAAAUAAAGAAAACAAAACAAAAAAAAAUGAGAGUAAAAAGCAUAUAAAAAUAUAACAAUAGUAUAUCUUCCUCUUUUUGCGACAUCUUACUUUCUUUCUUUUCCGACAUUUCAAGGGCUAUUAUUUUUUUCCUAUGUGAUGUUAUAUUAAUACAUUGGGAUAACUUA